AAUUCUUGUCGUAACUCGUCACAACCAAGUAAUUUAGUAUCUACCCCGCUUUCUUCUACCAUUUCUAAAGAAUAUGAAAUAUGUCCUAAUGCUGCUGCUCAAAAAGCUUCAUAUGAAAAAAUUAAAACAGCAAGAAAUAGGAUUACUGAAUUCGAAUCUUUGUACAAUAUAGCUUCAGAUACUAGUAUUAGAAGCGAUUUUGCUAUUAGAAUACAAGAGCAAAAAGAUAUUGUCAGAACUAAUAAUAAAAAAAUCGAAGCACUUAAAUAA